GGGGAGGGUACUGUCGGUCUCACCCCUCGUGCCCUCCACGCUCCCCGGCCCCAGGGUCCUGGCCCCUGGUCACCUCACCCAGGCUUUCCCCUUGCCCCACAGAUGCUGUGGCUGCUGUUCCUGGCCCUCCCCAGCCUGGGGGGCUCCCAGCCCUUGACCCCUGACCCUGACCCAGAGGCUGAGCUGGUGGGCAUCGUGGGAGGGCAUGAUGCCCCCGCCGGGAAGUGGCCAUGGCAGGUCAGCCUGUGGAUCUUCAACUCGACGUACGGCAAGUGGGAGUUCCAGUGUGGGGGCUCCCUCAUUCACCGCCAGUGGGUGCUGAGCGCUGCCCACUGCAUCCCAGCGAAACACUCAAGGCCCCAGGACUUUCAGGUCCAAGCAGGACAGGUGAGGCUGUGGAGCUCCAACGCCAGGCAGAAGGUGGCUGCCAUCUUCCUCCACCCGAAGUACGACCCCUUGAAGAAAGUGUACGGUGGGAGUGACGUGGCACUCUUCAAACUCGAGGUCCCCGUGACACCCUCCGCCCAGGUCAACCUGGUCACCCUCCCGCCAGCCCGGCUCACGGUGCCCGCGGGCACAGGGUGCUGGGUGACCGGCUGGGGUGCUAUUCAUGCCAACGAGGCCCUGGGCCCGCCCUACCACCUGCAGGAAGUGGAGGUGCCCGUUGUGGGGAACCAGGUCUGCAGGCAGCAGUACUUGAGGGUCGGCCGGUACAUCAAGGAUGACAUGCUGUGUGCUGGCAGCUCGGGCCGCGACGCCUGCCAGGGCGACUCUGGGGGCCCCCUAGUCUGUAACUGGCAGGGCGCCUGGAUCCAGAUUGGGGUGGUGAGCUGGGGCCAUGGCUGCGGCAGCCCCGACUACCCUGGCGUCUAUACCCGCGUGACCACCUACUUGUCUUGGAUCUACCACCAUAUUGGCUCGCCGAGGCCCUGGUAGGGGCAGGCUGCUGCGGCCAAGCAGAGGGCAGGCUUCAAGGCUGCAGGCUCCCCCUGUUCCUCCCCUCAGCCAGACCUUGUCCUUCACCCCUGCUCUGAGAUCUCUGUCGGCCUCCUCCCUCCAAGUGCGGUCU